UACGCAACUCGCAUGCGAAUUCGGCCUACUGUUUCCUCGGGACUGGCGGCCGGCAAAAUGUGGCGAUCUACACGAAAGGUUUCUCAACGAUAUUCUCUGCUGUUCACCGGCAGACAACAAAAAUCCAGACCUCCCGCUCAGAGCCGUGGGCAGUCAACCAGCUCCUCUGCAAGUGGACCAGCCAAAACCAUCGCCGUCACAACUGGUGUGGCUACUGUAGGCAUCGGUGGGGCUCUUGCCUAUGCAAAAUUCGAUUUGGACUUCAGACACAAACUAGAAAGCAGCCUUCCGUAUGGAGACUCCCUUAUCGGCAGCAUUCUUGGACCAGCUGAAGUACCUGUUAGACAGCUACCUGCUGAGAAGGUGAAGGAAAAGGCCAUCGAGUCUAGUCUUCUGCGCAAAAAGACCCCAGUGGAGCCAUCAAAGAGUGAACUGAAGCCUGCCUUGCCACCAUCACCUCCAAUUACUGCCCCUUCACACACACCUGUAAAAGAGAGGGCACCAUCACCUCGUGAUUUGGAAGCAGAGGCCCAGAGACAACUACAAGACAUCAAGGAACGCAAUGAACGGCUGAACUUUGCACUGGAGCAGUCACUUCGUGAGGCUCAAGCAGACUUGGAGAGGCACACCAAGGAUGCAGUGGUGGCACAGUUAGAAGCCAAGGAAGCUGCACAGAAUUACACUCGCAAGUUGUACAGAGCCAUCGAUGAAGCCAGGGAUAGUGAAGACCAGUACAUGUGGGAUGAAGCUUUGCAAGCCAAAGAGGCGAAGUUGGCCGCUGUGCAAAAGGCUGCUUUGAAGAGUGAACAUGCAUGGAAGUCCUUAGAAAACCUCCGUAGCACCAUCAAGAAAGGACAAGAAAACAAGGAGACUCAAAAUAACUUGGCAAUCAGUCCAGCUGAACAUGCAGCAACAGUUGCCAGAGACCAACUUCGAAAUGCUGAGUCUGAGUCACGGUCAGCCAAAGAGGCUGCCAAAACUGCGAGUGACUACAAGGAGGCUGUUGAGAGGGCCAGACUUCAUUUUCAGAAAGAGAUUGAAGCUCUGCUUCCAGAGACUAAAUUCAGUGAGCCAGGGCAGAAGCUGUCUGAAGAUGAACUGAAUUUGCUACUUGCUCAUGCCCACCGGAAAAUAGAAAACUUGACCAAGGCUCAUGUCAAAAUGCAGGCUACAGAACAGGAACGAGCCCAGAUGUUCCAGAGGCAACAAGAGCGUGUCGCCCGGGACUUGGAAAGGCAGCGGGCUGAGCUGGACGCAACACUUGAAGUGAAGCUGGUGAAGCAGCAGGAGGCAUUUGAGCACGAGCUGCAGCAGCAGCUGCGGCGCCAAGUGGCCGCACACACAGAACACCUCAAGGAGGCCCUGGAAGAGCAGAAACACGAGCUGAGCCGCACCUUUGGCCUGGAGCUGGAGAAGAAAAUCAUUGAGGAACGUGCACAGCACAACGCGGCCCUGUCUUCCUCAGUUGCUAAGCUCCAGGGCUUGGAGGAUUACCUCAGAGCACGAGAUGAAUUGGAUCGGCUGUCACAACAGGCCAAGGGUCUCUGGCUUGCCUGCCAGGGCCUGAGGCACACUUUAGUCCACGGGCCAGCCAGUGGCACCAGUGGGCCGCAGUCGCUGACCGCAGACGUGCAGCUUGUGGAGCGGGCGGCACCAAUGAGCCCUUAUGUGCCCCUUGUGUUGGCCUCCAUCCCUGAGGAAGCCCUGACACGUGGGGUCUACCCAGAAAUAGCCUUGAAAGAGCGCUUUGCACAUGUGGAGCGUGCUUGCCGUCGUGUUGCCCUUGUUGAUGACCAGAGACCCUCAUCGCUACUUCGAUACUUGGCCUCCUACUUGCAGUCGCUGUGUGUCAUCUACCCCAAGGAGCUGCCCGAGGAGGAGCUUACAGAUGAACAGCGAGUCAAUCCUGAAAAGUGGGACACAUUUGAUGUGCUCUCGCGUGUGCGUUAUUGGCUCCAGCAUGAGAACCUGGAACAAGCCCUACGCUAUGCUAGUCAACUGCGUGGCCAGCCACGGCUGGUAGCCCAAGACUGGAUACAUGAGCUCCGUCUGCAUCUUGAAGCACGCCAGGCAGCAUCAGCCCUUAUGGCCUUUGCUGCAGCCACUAUUGCCGAAGAUGCUGAGUAACUCAAACAUUUUCAUCGAUAUUGGUACGCUGUGUAAAUCGAAGGCACCUUCUAGAUUCUCCAUGCCCUUGAAGGACAGUGUUCAGAUAGAAAUAUUGCCAUUGCUAUGUGGUCUGGGGUUGUCAAGCUACUCUCUUGGAGUGCUCCUUUUGACCAUCUUUUGUUGUAAUGACUGGUCAAUGCUGCUUAUUGCAUCAGUAUAUCAUGCACUGGUCACUGCCAUGAAGGUGGCAUGAUCCAUGAAAGAGAGCUGUAGAAGGGGGAUUCUGAUUGGCAGAAAAGUUUUUUUUUUUUUAAUUUCUCCACUGGUCCCCACUGUUUCAUUUCUUUGCACCAAGCUUGUUUGCUUUGUGAAUAUGAAUCUGAGUAGUGCAGCUCAGCAUGCUUAUGAUGCAGAACUGUGCGCCGAUUGGGUUUGUGAAAUUGAAGGUGUUUCUUGUGAAACCUUGUGUGUGACAUUUGAACUAUGGUCUUGCUUGACUGCUGUGGCAAGACAUGGCAGAAUUUAAGGCUGAUAGUGAGAAGUCAGUAGUGAGGGCUGAGGCCUAAAAUUACAGCUCUGCAUGAGGAAAAGAAACUAAUGGCCCUGUGUCCUCUUUAUGGGAGAACUGCUAAUAUAGCCUCCAGGUAGCCUUAUUUUGCUGCCAGGAUUUUGGGACAUUUUGUUAUAUGUAGUUUUUCUUUUCAAGGUGGUGUACAGAGAUCAUGUCUGUUGAAAAGCUAGCUUAGUUAAGAAUCAUGUGAAUUAAGUUUAAAAAUGGCACAGGAGCUGAUAAUAAAUUGUCAUGGACACAAAUUCCUUUAAAAAAUUUUUGUCUGGGGGUGCGUGCAUACAUGUCUAUGUCCUUGACAUAAAGCUAUUAUACUUGUCCUUUUUGAUGCAAAGCUAAAAUGUUUAAUUUGACGCAGUGCUGAAGUGUUUAAUUUAGAUAUGUCAAAGUGAAUUGUGUGCUAUAAAUCAUGUGGUGGUCACCAAAAUGUACUAGAAGCCAUGCUGCACUUUUCUGGCAUUUGGAAGUGGAACAGCUGUGUAGUAGUCCUGUCAGUGCAUAACCCACGUGCUUUGCAGUGCCUUGAGCUGGAAGCCCUUGAAAGUGUGGGUAAGCAUGGCAACUUUACCAGCAGGCCUCAUGCAUUUUGAUUCAGGUAUUUUGUGGUUGUAUGCAAAGCUACUUUCUUGAUCAAGGGGUGGCAUUUUUGCUAUUUAAAAGCUGGUAUCGCACAACGGAAUAUACCUGCAAUGCCAUUACUGUGGAGCACCUAUUAAACUCGGUUCCCACUUGCGGCUGCAGGUACAAAUGCAGAGCAACAUGAAGUAGCAGUGACUGCUUUUAGUGGUGCAUGUUUGAAACGUUUGUGUUACCCGUGCACUGUGGGUGAAGCGCUUCCUGGUAUAAUUUUCUUGCCACUGUGAAUUAACCAGCAGCUGGUUCUGUAGGAAUAACUUGGUUCAUGUACUUAGUUAUGUCCUAUACCUUCUGGCUCUCUUUGUCUAGCUAAUAAAUUUAAAAGCAAGGUUCCUAAUCUCAUUUUUAACAUGUCUGGAAAAAACAAUCUCAUGACUUCAAAUCAGAAGCAACACAAAUUUCAGCAUGCAUGAGUACUGUGUGCGAGAAACUUUCACUGCCAUUUCAGAUAUGGGUUUCAAUACACCUUUUCUGAUGGCUUUGUGUAAGCUGUUUCUAUAUCAUCAUUUGUCAGCAUCAACAGCAAACUUUUUCUCUCUCUCUACUUUAUUUAAAAUUCUUAUAAUAAAGGAGCACUGACAUUAAAUUUUUGUCUCGUUACUAUUGCCUUGUUGGAUACCUGUAGAGCCUGCUGCUAUAGAGCCUCAAUCCCUUGAAAGCACAUUAUUUACGUUACCUUUGAAUGCAACCAGUUCGAAACCUGGGCAUACAGCAGAGCAGCUUUGGACGUGAAAAAGAAUCAUUCAAGUUGCCAAAACCUGUUAUGGUGGUCUUGCGGUACCAGACACCACUGAAGUACUUGCACACUAUGGCUGUGCUGCCAAAAGUUGAGUCCAUUCAGCACACGGUGGGACAAUAGAGGAGAGCUUGUCCUCCUGCCUUUCAAAAAGAAGCACAUAAUUGAAAGCUGCCAAUCUGGCAGUUUCCACCACCACACCACACAUGCCUUUCCACCACCACACCAGGCUGACUGGCAGGCUCUGCAGAGUCUACUUUUUCACAUCCGAAGUAGCACUGAGCAUGGCACGCAUUUUGAACAGGCCGUAUAAAAGUCGCUGUAAUUAUUUAUGGCACUUUCGAGAAAUUGAGGCUUCGUAUCGUGACUAUGGAAUCGACUGCCACCUAAUAGGCGGGACAUAAAAUUUUUGUGUUGGUACUCCUUUAACAACACAUGCAUCAAAAUGACUUAAUAACUUGACUAGUCUGUAGCAGUUCUAGGAUUUUACAUCACUGGACAAAUCAUAGCACCUGUAAAUGUCAGCAUCGAGUCUAUUGUGUUCACUUUAUUGUCAGGUUUGGUGUGGCACUGUAGGGCCCGACUAUGUCACUUACACCUUUUGAAUUUGCUUUGACUGAAUCUCGGUAUGAGAUCAGUGACAUGAGCUGUGACCUAAUGCAGAGAACAUGAAGAGGUAAAGCAAGUUUGUGUGUGUGGUAUGCGUGUUUAGAGCAACAUACUAAACAUAAUGCAAGAACUCUUUUUUUUUUUUUUUUUUUCUCAUGCGCCAUUUUUACUCAAAGUGCAGUGAGCAGAACCUCAAGGCAACUGCACUUUGCUGUUUUCAAUGUUAACAAGCUUUCAUUGUUGUAAGGUUCCUUAAGGCGAGAUGUGGGUCACGAAAUCACGUUUUUCUUUUAAAGAAUAAGAUUUUAAAUUUUGAUCGCAAAACUGCACUUCAACAUUUUAUUUUCGUGUAUAAAAAUAUCAAGGUGUUCCUCCAACUAGAAGACUGUGAAAAUAGACUAAUGCCCCAGCCACACUAGCAGAAAAAUAUGCGACGUGCCGCUUCCGGCAAAACGCGUGCCUUGGAAUCUGCCUUGUGGCAUUUUUUUGUUGCCGUGGGAGGGAUCGGUCCUGGACCCGUUCUUCACGGCUUGCUGUGGCGGCAAACGAGCCCCAAGCGGAGGAGACCAAUGAGAGCGGCCCCUUCAAUGAGGCGCGCGUGGGAAACUGGUGUCAUGCAUAUCCACAUAACCACUCAAUUCGUACUUGUGUCUAGUGUCUGCCGGAAUGCUCAUUUCGUACUAUCGUCUGCUCGCAUCAGCUCUCGCUCAUGCUUGUUUUGGUUUGCUUGGUUUGGUCUCGUUCACACUUGUUUUGAUUGUCAUGGUUUGCAAUUGUUCUUUACAAUGAUGAGUCUAAACCGAGACGUCCCGAUGGAAAGGUUUUCGGAGACAGUGCACCAUAUCCGAUUCUGUAUGACAAGACAGUACAAGGACGCAGAAGCAACACCCACUACCUUAUUCUCCUUGUCUUUUGAAUGUGACGACACUGCAACGGAAGGUAGCACAUCAACAUGAUUAUGACCAGUGGCAACGACGACGCCAUCUUCAUAAGACAUGACUCGCAUUAAGAAUGAAGAACGUAAACACAGCGCUGAUAUGUCAGUGGAUCAACAAAAAAGCACGCGACAUAUGGCACCUACACGCAGAGUAAAAAAGAGGAGGCGAGAUUUCCAUGCUUUCAUGUGACUGCCGCAGUGGCUCACCGCCAUUUGGCGUGGCCGCACGGCUGCUCCCGCGUUCGACGCCGGCGACGUGCUGCGCGCAUUUUUCCACUAGUGUGGAUGGGGCUUAAUAGACGCAUGGCAGCUGCAUGGGCUUCAUUUUUCCAUUCAUGAUCUACUGAUAAGGCUCACAACCACAAGUUUUGCCCAGAUGGUGAUUUUUCCUGAUGUAACAAUAAGCAAGCACUAGCCCCGACUGAGUCUGCACCAGCCAGACACCAUUCAUUGACACCAGACACCACUCCAAUUUUCAUCAGCGCUCAGUUGCAGGGCUGACAGAUGAAGAGCUGAUCUUCUGUUGUAUUCAGAGCAAACCCCAAAAUUUGGCUGUGUCUUGAAAGCAAGGUUUGGUUGCUGUGCUCCAAAAUAAGAUUAUCUUCAUGCACUGUUGUGAAGAUGGCCACUUCUUUAGCCAUACUCUGGUUCAACAAAAGCUCUGAGGAGGUUCUACAGUAGUUCGGCAUCCUUUCAAUUCAGGAGUUGAUCGCUCCGAUUGCCCGGAGAAAAAUCAAAAGCAUCUCUGUAACACAGACAGCCGAAGCUAAAUGUCAUCAUUGCAGUGUAGCAAAGAAAACCCGGCUAGAGGAAGCUCACAAGAGUUCUGAAGGUACUGCCUAUGCAGCAAUAGAAUUUUGAAAUUUUACACAUCUUCGGGAAAGACUUGUCUGCACUCUUGCCAAAUUUCAUGCAGAUUGAUCAUCUGCAAUUAUCAGAAACUUCAAACUUCGUUUUUCUUUUUUAAUUUUGUGCUAGUUUUGCUACUUGUGCGCACAAAUCGUUGUACUUAAUCAGACUCAGUUCAUCGAAUUGUGCAUGCGCGUGCACAGACAUGAAAGUACCAUAUACCACAGGGAUGUGUAUAGUGCGAGUGUCUAGGAUUUAUUGUAAUUUAAAGCAAUUUUUGAUGAUGUUGAUUUGGCCACGACCGAUUGAGGUUGGUUUCACCGCAGGAUUCAGGACUGUGGAGGCGGGCAUCAUGAAGACGAAAAAUAAGGGAAAUAUAUUUACAGCGAGAUCAUUCUGCUCUAACGGUUGGACCUCACAGCUUUAAAUAAGUUGCCAUGCAUAGCAGGGACAAUCAGUGGAGAGGUCCAAGGACAAGAAACUGAGAAACUAAAAUAUUAAAAAAUAGGAGAAUAAGCUCCAUAUUGUGCAUAAAUUUCAUCUACUUCACUUUAUUAACGAAAGUGGGUUUCUGAAACAUGUCUACCCUUAAGCUAUGGAGUGCAUAGGCUGUCUGCUGUCGUAUAGCCUGUCGUAUGCGAGGACAAGCUGAUAACGGCAACUAAAUUAUUUUGACUAUUGUGAGUAGGCUUUCUCCCUUUCGCCGUCUUGGCAGAAUAAAGUGGUGCAGUAAUAAGGGUAGUAAUAGCGGUUUUGAUGGCUCAUAUUGACUUGAAAACUGCGCAGAAAAAAAGAGAGCUCGUGGCUUAUCAACAGGUAUAUAAUUGGAAGAUAUAUAUAUAUAUACUCUUGCAUCGCAAAACACCGUAAGCUGCCACGCAUAAGACAUGUUCAGAUGAAUAAAAAUGUUAUUCCGAACAUGUGCUCCGUGGACUGGCUUUGUAACAGAUUUUUUUUUUUUUUUCGACAUGAAGUUAGUUUUCAUGUUUUUUGCACUCUGUGUUUGGAUGUAUAUGGGUGUGUUUUCCAAUUAUGUAGCUGUUGAUAGUCUUGCGUUCAUGUUUGAAUAGUCAUGUUCUGGGUUGUUUAAAAUAUUUUUUCGCAGGUUCCAAUAAGUCAUGCAAUAUGAUGCAAAUGUUCUCUGGUGGGGUUCAUUAGUUUUUCACUCGCAUUGCAGCGUGCGAGACGAACAUUUGUAAGGUGCUCAUUGAUUGGGCGCUUUUAUAUGUAAGGCAAGUUCGGAAAUGCAUGUCUAUGACAGUAGCAACACGGUUAUUACUCUUUGUACCCUCCUAGAGAUCUGUAAGACGUUCCUUUUUUUUUUUUUUCCUCAAUGGUAGCACAAAAAUAAUGCGAGAUUCAUUUAUGUCAAUGCAGUUUCACACUCUCCAUCAGCUUAAAGAGAAAUAGAGCGAUCUGAUAAACCUUUACUAUCCCUCCAUCGAGAUUUGUCAGAGCUACGAGGGCCCGCACUAUAGGUGGUGAAAGAAAGGCUUUAACCGUGUAAGGUGGGUCCCAAGCGCACAAUGAGAAAUACUAUACCAAGCGGCUGACAGGCCGCACGGCCACCGAGGAGUCCACUGAGGAGAAGUUGCGGUGACAUAAGACAGCGUGCGACAGCUAAAUCAAUGUAGUUUAAGCCUGCAAACAGUGUAUGAACAUAGACGUGCAUAUUGUGACCAGUCUCUCUUGUGCGAAAUGGCUUUGGUUGCAAAACAAACUUGUGCUAUAUGCGUGCAUUCCGUAGGGAAUGAGAUAUGUAAUGGUGGACGUGUUAGCAGACAAAGUGAUUGUCCCCUCCCUUUACGUAACAGCUGUGAGGGAGAGACCAUUCAGGCACCCUAGAGCAGAGUUAAGAAUAAAGGGUUUUAGAAUGGAGUUGGAUGCCUCUAUGUCGGCGUCGGCUCCCGCCCUUCAGGUUGGUGAUGCCGUUUAAUAUAGUCGGCUACAAGUCUGCAGUGAAGCCCCGCCCACGCCCUCAUAACCGCCAGCCACUGUUCCUCCGCGAGGCUGUAAAUAGUUCCUACUUCAAACUUUCCCUGUUACCUAAAUAAGGUAGUAACUACGAAAAUAUAAUCAUAAGCGCAUAAUUUUGUACGUUUUCACUUAUCUGUUAUAGCGGAACAUUCAUCAGCAACAGCAGCCCGUUUUAUGUCCACUGCAGGACGAAGGCCUCUCCCUGCGAUCUCCAAUUACCCCCUGUCCUUCACCAACCGAUUCAGACUAGCGCCCACGAAUUUCCUAAUUUCAUCGCUCCACCUAGUUUUCUGCCAUUCUCAACUGCGUUUCCUUUCUCUUGGUACCCAUUCUGUAACCCUAAUGGUCUAACGGUUAUCUAACGUGCAUUACGUGACCUGUCCAGCUCCAUUUUUUUCUCUUGAUGUCAAUUAGAAUAUCGUCUCUACCCGGUUGCUCUCUGACCCAAAGCCUAGUUCUUUAUUGAACUGAAAUAAAAUGCUUGUUCACUGCAACUAUUUAUUGCCAAAUUUCACUUCAGUUGGCAAUGAAGUUUCAUGAGUAAAACGGGGUCAGCAGUGAAAUGAACUGCACCGCGGACUUUUGAAGAGUGAAAUGCUUGGACUCGUACACUUUGUCCAUGUCUAUCGCACACCUCAUCGCUUCCGCCGCUGAAAAGACUCAAGAACAGCAGACGCUCCGGGGGUGUCAAGUAUGACGCCAUUUUAAAAAGGUUGCAUAACGAUGAUUUUUGCUUCUGCGAUUGGCAGGCGGAGCAACACAACCCCGCACGGUCCAUGUGCCUUGGUUGCCAACUGCCAUUUUUUUAAUUUGUAUCCUACUAUAGGCCCAUGCCACACCUCCGCCAUAUUGUUUCGGAGCUGUCGAAGCGGCCGUACAUGUGCGUGUAUUAGUCACUGCGGUGCAUUUGUGUUGCCUGGUGUUUCUUAUUUCAACGAUGCUGCACACGCGUUCCCUGGGUUCACUUUUUGGGCUCACGACGUGGGAUGAAAGAUGCUUGGCAGUUUUAUCGCUAAAACUACUCCAUCAUGCGCAUUUGCUGCGCACCUUUGUGUACCAUCUCAGCGAAAAAAUGACACCCAUGUUUUACAUUUCCCCACGACCCAGAAUGCCGCAAAAAGCCGACACGAACCUUGUUCAUCUAAGCCAUGAUGUUUAAAUUUGUCUUCAUGUGAAAUGGUCUUCAGGAAAUUUUCUUAUGCACUAGGCGUUUGCCGUGUUAACGAUUUACUCAAGGCGAUGAGAAGCUUGUUCAAACUCAAUGUGUCAUUUUCAACAUUCCCAUGCGCUGAGCAUCCAAAUGUCAGGAAAAUGUUCUUGGGGAGUUUUGUUUUGUUGCAGCUCAACAUUUAUACUUAGACUGAUUGUACCAGCUAGAUGUAGCGAGAGAGAUAUAAUAUGGAAGUAAUACCGCUGCAGGUGUAAACUGGAACUGGUCUGUUUUGAUGUUUAUAAUAAGCAUAUGAACUUGAGCUUUGUUUUGUCGA